AUGAACAGUCACAAUGAGACCUGCCUCAAUGGGGGGACAUGGAACGGAAAGACCUGUGAAUGCCGCACCGGCUUUGGAGGAGAUCAGUGCCAGAACAAGGUCCUGAUCUGCCAUAACAAUGGCUCCUGGGAUGGGAUCAAGUGUGUGUGCACCAGCCUGUACAGCGGGCCAACGUGUGAGGAGGUGGUCUCAAAUCUUGAGAUAAAUCCUCCGCCGGAGACCGUCUCUGCCCAGGUAGAACUGACCGUGACAGUGACCAAUAUGGAGUUCUCCAAAGAGCUAGAAGACCGGUCUUCUCAGGAGUUCCGGGAGUUCAGUGAGACAUUCACAAAACAGAUGGAAAUUGUUUAUUCUGGAAUCCCUCAGUAUGAAGGGGUCAACAUCACAAGGCUGAGUGCUGGCAGUGUGAAGGUGGAGCAUGACGUCAUCCUGAAGGCCAACUUCACCCCAGAUUACAAGGAAGUUUUGGAGAAGGCCACCCAGGAGGUGGAGUCAAAAAUCAAGAAUACAACCCAAGAACACAUCUUAAGAAAUAACACCUGCGGAGCGGAAUGCCGGGAGAAGGCUGGGGAAGCACUUGCUGACUACUUCUUCGUGGAGUACACGGACCAGCAACCAAACUGCAUCACGCGUUGCGAGCCCGGCUACAACACGUCCUUAAACUGCAUCUUCGGGAAGUGCCGGCUGUGGGGCAGUGGCCCUCGGUGCUACUGCCUGAUCACAGAGACUGAAUGGUACAGUGGGGAGACCUGUGAGUUCAGCACCAAGAAAAGCCUGGUGUACGGGCUCCUGGGGGCAGCAGGUGCAGUGGUGCUGGUCAUCCUCGGCAUCCUCCUGAUGUUCAUAUUCAGCUCCAAGAGACAGGUGAAAAGGCAAAAGUCCAAAGUGACUCAGUUGUACAAGUGGCAUGAAGAGGAUGGUGGACCAGCCCCUGGGACCUUCCAAAACAUUGGCUUUGACAUCUGUGAAGAACAAGAGAACUAUGUCCACCUGGACUCCGUCUAUAGUAACUUCCAGCCCUCCCUGGGCCACAUAGACUCUGAAACCAAGAUCAGAAUUAAGAGGCCUCAGGUGAUCAUGACAUCGAUUUAAGGCAAAGGCAGUUUCGCAUGAAGCUGUGGGGUCUGAGAGUGAGGAGACCUCAGUUUGACUAAGCUUGAUGGAGCAUUUCCCCAUUGAGAGCAUUCCACAGGAAACCGAUGAGAAACAAUACCUACCUGCACUUACCUAGCAGGAAAAGGAGAGAGACCACAAUGCUGGGAAACUCUCAAAUAAAAACACCAUGGAGGCUCCGAUGGGCUUGUCAUGAUCUCAGGCGAGGUCCACUGGCUCAUUCCAGGGAGAUUUUUCCUCCCGCCUGCCUGCUUCAGCACCAAGGACAGCGCCCCAAUCAACUCGUUUACCAGGAGGUAGCUUACACUGGACUGAACUUGAUACAAAAUGCUGUUAUAAGAUUUAUUGCAUCCCAUCUUCAUGACAAACAUGUGUUUUUAAAUAUAUAGCAUUUUUCUUUGAGUAUAUAGGAUUAUGGAUGUUUUAAAAG